UGGGACUCAUGCCAUCUGCUCUCUGUUAUCAUUAUUAUAGGCGGCUUUGGAUUUAAAGUCGCACUUCUCCUUGUGCUCCCUUUCGCUCAGAAUCGACUCCCCAAGCAAACUGCAGACUAUUUUCUCUCAACGCUGUAACGAAGGUUCAUCCCGGGGUUUUUUUUCUUCUGUUUUUGUACGGUCUGGAAAGGCUGUGGAAACUAAUCAGGAUGUUUUACACUCCUGAGUGGGCUUACUGGAAACACUGCUCAAACUGUAAGCUCGGAGCCCAAAUGUAAGGAGAGUGGACCUGACGAUGUGGCGAAGAGCCGGGGAUGAAACCGUGGACUCCGGAGCUGACACAGCCGAAUCUGUCAGCAGCAGAAUGUUGUCGUCUGCUAGUGACCUCAUGAGCGGCCGGGUCAGGCAGCAGCGCCAACAGCAACUCUUGCCGAUAAACCUGCAUCUGCUGGCCAACCCUGGAGAUUCGUUGCUUCUGCAGCAGACGCUGGACCACCUGCUGCGCUGGCUGUGCCCAAGCCUCCGGAUCUUCCAUGUAUCAGAGAGGGCUUCCCCCUUCAGAGCUCACACUCGCCUUCGUCCUGUGGCCGACUACCCUUCUCUGGCCAUCACCUUCUUCCUCCACGAAGCCUACGGAGAGGAGCGGAUCCUCAAAGUGCUGGACUUCUUCCAGCGCCAGCCCUGGCAGUACCACCACACCGAGAGCUGCGGCAGCCGAACCAGAGGGAUCCACAUCACUUCCAGCAGUUCCCCCUCCAACGCUCUGCUGCGGCCCUACCUCCUGCCAAGCAGAGACUUUUACAGUCUGGGCCCCGGCAUGCCUGUGUGGGGGGUGCGACCCGUGCACUGUGGAGGAGAAAUCCUGCGCAUAACGCUGUACAGCAGCUACGACAACUACGAGGACGCUGUGAGGUUCUACGAGACGGUUCUGCAGCGGCAAGCCGAGGAGCAGAAGGCUGGUUUCUGCUGGUUCACCCUCCAUGCAGAGCCUGGUCUCUGCCUCCAGCUGGCCUUGAAACAGCUGUCUCCAGGGGUUGGAGUGGAAGCGUGCAGCUCUGCUGUGCUGCAGUUCAGUGUGGAAGAAGUGGGACAGCUGGUCCCCCUGCUGCCCAACCCCUGCACCCCCAUCAGCAACACACGCUGGCAGACUGAAGACCUGGACAGUAACAAGGUUCUCUUUCAAGUGAAGUCUCCAGCUCAACCUCGUCAACCUCUGACCUGUGCAUUCCCUCUCACCUGCCUCAGUUUGCCACCUCAAGGAGUGCAGCUCCGGAGCGGCGGACACGGAAACAGUUUCCUGCCAUGCGGCCUCACCGCUUCCCUGACGAUGCAAACUCACAGGCGAGGAAUCAGACCGCGCAGCGAGCCGGUUCUUGAGAAGCUGCUUGGCGGAUGUGGAGGAGCAGAAAGUCUGGGGUCAGGCAGCUGCUGCAGCACCCCUCCUGGAAGCUCCUGUUACUCAUCCCAACGCAGCAGCCCCGCUCAGCUCUCCACCUCCAACCACCCCGACUCUCCCCUGCGCCCCUCCGUCACCCGCUCUCUCUCCCAUCUCCUCCUGGAAGAGGAAGAAGAGGAGACCAACGUCGACACUGGAGUCGCCGUCUCUCUCCUCUCUGACACCUCCAUCGCAACCAUCACUCGCUCCUCCUCUUGUGACCUCUUGAGGACUCGUAACUCUGAGAGACCGUCAGUGGCUGAGGCUUCACCUGUGGGGCAGCAGGCCAAGGAAUUGACUAAAUGUUUGCCACAGACUAACCAUCAGGCGCCCUCUGGUGGCUGUAAAGGUGCAAAAGAGGAGAGCAGGACCACUGUAAGCGGACAAAGGCCUUCACAGAAGCUGCUGGCAGAGAACAGCACAUCGACAGAGCUGUUGUCAGCAUACAUAAACCUUGAGGAGCCGGUCGAUGAGUUCUUUAUCUGAUUUCCCGUCACAUCAUCUGUCCACAGGUCACAGUGGUGCAGCCUGAUAAACGAGGGCCUGUUCUGGAGAACAAAACGGAGCAAAGUACCUCGGCAGGCGACCCGCUUCACCCAGAGGUGUCUGAACCCUUUAAGUGGCUUUACUGGUCUUACUGGUUCAUGUUUUACAAUAAUGACACUCUCCAGAGACCCAGCAACUUCCAGAUUAUGUUAGCAGAAAAGCGCUGACUGUGUUAAACUUUUACACAGUACUUUACAAUAAUGUCCGCCUUAAAGUUUUUCUCAUUUUCUAAUGUUGCUACCAUGAACACCAAUGCAUUUUAUUUUGAUUUUAAGUGACAGACCAGUAAAAAGUAGAGGAUAAUUGGGAAAUAAAAGACAAAUUAUGAUUGGUUUACAGUUUUUUUCUUGUCAUGGAUAAUAAAAAAAAGCAUCAGCUUUGACCACCCUCCGUUACUGCUGAAUGAAAGAAGUCCCACAGCAUGAUGCUGCCACUCCAGAGCUUUCCUCCAGUGUUUUGCCGGCUGUUUUGUUAUUACUGAAAAAGCGAGUGGAGAAACUCCUUUCAGGCAAUGCUACAAAGUUCAUAUAGCAAAGCUAACAAUACAACCUUUAUUUAAAAGGAAUUUUCUAUAACUUAACACAUUUACAAAUGUUUCAAAGUCUGAAAAUAAAGCUUUUUUCCAGUAAGUAAAAAAAAAAAAAAAAAGUUAGUCUCCAGAUAUUUCAAAAUAACGCACAUUGGAACUGUUAUUACAAACGUAUCUAGUUUUGUUUUGAGCUCACAGAGUUUUAAUAGUUCAUCUAGAGAAAGUCGUCAGGUAUAUAUCUGAGCGCUCUGUUGUUUAAAGAACAUGCAUCUUUUAUCACGAUGUUGGUCCGGUGUUGAUGUUCCAGCCUGGUUUAUAGAAAGCACCACCCCAGCUUACUGCUCUGUAAUACGGUAGCUUGUCAGAGAUGAUCGGUAGCUUUGUGAUCAGGUUGUCAGGGUUGGUUAAUUUACAAACUGAUUAUUUAAAGCAGAAUGUACGACAACAAAACAUUAGAUUUUUUUUAAUGCAUCUCAACUCGUGUUGUAUAUAAUAAUAACCUGAGUUAAUGAAGCUCUAUAAUAUUCAUGCCUGCCUACAUAUAUAUAUAUAUAUAUAUAAAAUAUUCUUUGACCCCCUGGUGGUCAAAGAAUACCACUUCACUACGCCCUCUCUUAUUGCACACAGGCCUAUCACAUGAAAAUAUGAAAAUCCACCAAGUGUCUACUCAUAUAUCUGUUGUUUUAAAAAAAGAAAUCAGGUUCAAAUAUUUGUUUGCCUACUAUUUGUUCCCACACAGUGUAGAAAGCUUUAGGCUCUCUGUUAUAUAUGGGAACAUAGAGCACAGUCACAGGUCAAAGUUCACACACAUAGCCUGCCACAGGUACUGGUGAUUGAAGAGGCUAUAACUAAAAUAUAUAGUUUUUCUUAAAAAUAUUAACCAAAUAGAGUGUUGCACUAUCUGUUUGAAUUUGGCAGAUCAAAUCAAAUCUGCAUUAGUUAAGACAAUAAUUACACAUACCUCGUAUUAGUAGCGUUCAGUAGUAUAAAUACUGUGUAUGCUAAUGGAGUGCUGUCACUGUCAGGAUCUAGUGCCAACAUAAGAGCUAUUGUUCAAAAAAGUGCAGGACCCUUCCUCUAUGUGAAUAAAUUGCACUUUUAAUUUUGCAGCUCCCCCUGGUGGUCAAA